GAGGAGGAGAGGCUGAAGGAGCUCCUGGGAGGCCUGCAGGCCGGCAGCGCCCGGACGCGGCGGGCGGCCCUGCAGGGCCUGCGGCGGGCCCUCGCCGCCCGGAGCCUCGCCGCCUGCCUGCUGGAGCGGCGCCUGACGCUCGCCGACGGCCUGGAGAGGAGCCUGAGGAGAGGUACGGGCGAGGAGCAGGCGCUGGCGGGCUCCGUCCUCGCCCUCCUCUGCCUCCAGGUGGGCCCCGGCCCGCAGGGGGAGGAGGUGUUCCGCAGCGCGAAGCCGCCACUCGUCAGCGUCCUGACCGACGGCGCGGCCAGCAUCCCGGCCCGGCACAGCUGCGCCGUGGCCCUGGGCGUCUGCUGCUACGUCGCUGCGGCCGACCCCGAGGACCUGUUCUCGUGUCUGUCCUGCUUGGAGGGCAUCUUCAGUGACCCCAGUGCAGACGAGGGCGGCUCGGGGCUGGCCCAGCACGGACCCCUCCACUGCAGCGCUCUCCAGUCCUGGUCCCUGCUGCUCACCCUCUGCCCCCCGUCCCACAUCAGGAGCCUCCUGGACAGCCUCUGGCUGAAGCUGCCCCCGCUGCUGUCCAGCAACAGCGUCGCUCUGCGUGUUGUGGCCGGGGAGACCAUCGCGCUGGUCUUCGAGCUGGCCCAGGAGAUGGAGGAGGACUUGUGGCACCGGAACACAGAGUUCCUGCUGGCCCAGCUCAAAGUCUUGGCUACCGAGAGCAGCAAGCGCCGAGCCAAGACAGAGCGGCGGAAGCAGCGCUCCGUCUUCCGAGAUGUGCUGCGCUUCAUCGAGAGCGGGGAGCACCCGGAGGAGACCAUCCGCUUUGGCCUGGAGUGCCUGUACCUGGACAGCUGGGCACGCCGGCGGACGUACCAAGCCUUCAAAGAGGUUCUGGGCUCCGGCAUCUGCCACCACCUCCAGAAUAACGAGCUGCUGCGGGAGAUCUUCAGCCUUGGGCCUCCCUUGGUGCUGGACGCAGCUGCUCUGAAGGCCAGCAAGGUCUCCCGCUUUGAGAAGCACCUCUACAACUCGGCUGCCUCCAAAGCCCGCACCAAAGCCCGGAGCCGGGUGCGGGACAAGCGGGCGGCUGUGCUGUGACGGCGGAGCAGGGCAGCGUGGCGGCCCUCAGGACUGCAGACCCGGCACUGUGAGGGGCCAGCGCCCCAGCCCUCGGGCUUUUAUACGUGUACAGCAGAGUAUUUAAGGCCUGGAGCUGCCCCACAGGGGGCUGCCCCUUCUUUUAUUUUUUUACCCAAAGAAAGGAUAAAAGGAGAGCCGAGGUGGGGA